AGUCGUAGUCGUCACUAACUUGUCAAUCGGGCCGACAUGGGCCGAGAAUGUGUUUGUGUUUAGAGAGUUUACUACAGAGUUUAGAGAUUGGAGGGUGAGGUCAGAGUAAGAUGGCGAGUGUUGUGUGGUCAUGUCCGUGUUGCCUUCGUUUUAAAUUUAGUCCAGAAGAAAUUGAACAACGUCAUAGAAGUCAAGAAAUCGAUAAAAUGUUAGAAAAGGACAAACACUUGUUCAGAAGACAAGUGAAACUUUUGUUACUUGGUGCUGGUGAAAGUGGGAAGUCGACGUUCCUGAAGCAGAUGAGGAUUAUCCAUGGAAUUAAAUUUGAACCUGAACUUGUCAAAGAAUAUCAACUUGUGAUUUAUCAGAAUAUUAUGAGAGGUAUGAAAGUGCUCGUUGACGCAAGAAACAAACUGAACAUUCCUUGGGAAAACCCUCAAAACGCGGAGUGUGGCAAUUGCAUCCUUAAUUUUGAUAAUGUUGCAGCGCUUGAUACGAGACUUUUUAUUAACUAUUCUCCAACCUUAUAUAGUCUUUGGAGGGAUUCUGGUAUCCGUCGUGCAUUUGAAAGGAGAAGAGAGUACCAGCUUAGUGAUUCUGUGCAAUAUUUUCUUGACAAUUUGGACAGGAUAUCCAGACUGGACUUCAUCCCCAAUAACAAGGACAUUCUUCAUGCACGGAAGGCAACCAAGGGAAUCUCAGAGUUCGUGAUUCCCAUCAACAACAUACCCUUCCGCUUUGUCGAUGUCGGGGGACAACGGUCACAGCGCCAGAAAUGGUUUCAGUGUUUCGAUUCUGUUACGUCUAUUCUCUUCCUUGUAUCCUCUUCAGAAUUUGAUCAAGUCCUUGUUGAAGACAGAAAAACAAACCGUUUGGAAGAGUCUAAGAACAUUUUUGACACAAUCGUCAACAACCUGGUGUUCCGAGGAGUUUCUAUAAUCCUGUUUCUUAACAAAACCGACCUGUUGGCGGAGAAGCUUAAGGCAGGAGAGACAAACAUUCGUUGGUUCUUCCCUCAGUUCUCGGGGAACGAGCGGAGUCUAGUCGAUGUCCAGGAAUUCCUCGUUGACUACUUCCGCUGUGUGAAACGGGACCCUCGGAAACCUCUCUUCCACCACUUCACAACAGCUGUGGACACGGAAAACAUCAAAGUUGUAUUCAACGCGGUCAAAGACACAAUCCUGCACCGAAACUUAGAAUCGUUAAUGCUGCAAUGACGUACUGACAUGGUCAGGUAGCCUUUGACACAAUUAUCUAUUUAUCAGAGUCUAAUUGUUAUAUUUAUUUUUAUACGCUACAUUAUUGUUAUAACCGAUUGUAUACAUGUAUAAAAUCUAUAAAUAACUGUAUUAUUUUUGUUAAUUUUUUAAAUGUUUGUAAAUAGAUGGAUAACAAUUGCUAUUUUUCUACUUGAUUCUAAGCUCGGCACUAACUUCGGGUUGUGCCUUAGGUAAAUUCCUACUUAAGACAUCCCUGUGAUAUUAGUGUUUUCAGGGUCUCGCCUUUCUGUGUGUCUGAAUGUUUUAAAAGGUGCUUACUGCUUAGAGGAAAAUAUAUAAUGUGUAACAUGUGAUGUGUUACACUUACAAACUUAAAUAAUUAUUAGUGUUUGAUGAUGUUUCAUUUUGCCUAGUAAGGUUAGCCAAACAUCAUCAUCAGCCGAAGUUUUGAUUGAAUUUGUACAUAUUUUUGAUCUCUUACUAGCAAUUUAUUAAUAAUUAUAAAUUAAACUGGUCCACUUUAAUAUUUAACUGAGCUUGAAGUACACAAAAUUGAAAUUCAUGUAUCAUUUCGUCCAAUAAAUACCAUACUGAACUCUAUUUGUUACUAUUGUCCUCUUCAUACAUAAAUUAUUAUGAUUCUAACUUUAAUACAGAGUGCUUCGCAGCUGUACAGAAAAUGUUUCUAAACACAACUAAACCAAAUAGGUGACCGUUUUUUUUUUUUACUAUAUUCCUCUCUUACUGUUUACUACCCAGAAGAUUGAAAUAUUAACUUAAUUUAUAAGACUGACUUGUUCAAACACAUUUCUGCAUUAUAUAACUGCCUAUUAUCAUAUAACUCUUUGAUUGUUGUAGUCAGUAACACAUCUCACUCCAUUCUAGACUCAUACCGUACCUAAGUACUAUAUGUGCAAGCUGUCUUAAAGAAUUGAAAUGAUUAUUUAGGUUAAAAUUCUCGCAGUUGUAUCCCCAUCUUAUUUGUUGAUCUAAUAGUUGAAUUUUGGUCAGUAAAAACAAAAUUAUAAAUCCAUUACAUGCAGCUCCCAUUUUGUAUGAAGGUACUGUAAUUUCUUUUCUCAAUUAGUUAGUAAAUACUGUAGGCCUACUCAAUUUUACCCACAGUUGAUUACAAACUGAUCAGUUGUGAACAUUUGAUGUAAAACUUUCUCAAUAAUGUAAAUUAAAGAAAAACAUAUGUGCCUUGGGAACAAAUUAUUGCUAUGUUAACUUUAUUAGGUGACGUUUUGUUUAUCAAAACUGCUUUGAUAACUAAACUAUUUUUUAUUUAUAGGAAUUCAACAUGAAUAUCUAAACAUUUUAAUUUUAUUUAUUUCAACUAUUUCAAAUCAAAUGUACAAUUUUGAUUCCAUCCGCAUUUCUCUUUUAAAGUGAUAUUCCAUUGUAUACUAAGAAACGUGAGUUGCUAGAAGUUGUGUCACUAGAAACACAAGAUGCUUAAUCUCUGGUGAGUCACUGGAAUGGAGAUAGUCUGAUAUGAAAUGUGCAUUGACCAUGCGUGUCAAACUAUUUACAAACCCUUGUGUUCAUAUCUCUGUUGAUAAGCAUUUUCGUACGCAAAAUAUUUUUUAUAUUUACCUCACAAUUUCCAAAUGCUGUAUUUUAUAGACUAUCAUAACCAUUGCAAUUUUUACGUUCUAUUGGUUUUGUAAACCAGUUUUAAUAUGGGGGAUAAUUUUUCUGUUUUUAUGCUAGCCAAUAUAGACAAUUUUCAGAAUUAGGUUAGGAAAGUUAUCAAGAUAAGUGCCUCCAACUCUAAAAAAACCCAGUUUGAUCAUAUUGGGCUGUAAGGCCACUUAAAUCAGUUAAAAAAUCCAAUUACUUCUCUUGUUUGACAGAUUUUUCUUAAUUUAGCCUCAUGUAAUUUUUAAAGUCAAUGGACAUAAUGACUCCAUUGGAGUUAUGACUGAUUUCUUCUAACAUUUUAAAGUAAAGAGCGUUAAGUAAUGAAAAGUCAUGGCUUUAAGUUCAAUAAAAUACUCUACACACCCUGACUUAGAUUUCACCACCGGGAGCAUUAAGAUUAAACAUCUGGCCAAUACAAAGAUCAAAAUGUAUAGCCUAAAACCAUGAUUAAAUGGAUCCUUACAUAAUUAUUUGCAGUUGAAUCAAAUUAAAUGCCAUUUUCUUGGUAUAACAAUUAAAAAAAUUUUGACUCUAGGUUUUGUAGGAAACAAUUGCCAAAAUGUUUUUUAUGUGUUUGACUAAUUGAACUGUCGGUUGUAAAAGAUCUUCAAUCAAUCAAAAUCAUUGUUAUUUGACGAAAAAUAUAGUCCAAUACUACCAACAAGGCCGAGGGCGGUAGCGGUCUUACAAGGCCCCUCAUACAGAGGAAUUUAAAUAUCACUAAAUUUGUAUUACCCCAAGAUUUUUUAUGGUACAAACCGCAAUAACAAGUAAAGUGUAAUUUCAUAAAAUUACUUUAUUAAAUUACUUAAGCACUUUGUUUUUUGUCCGCAAGUGUACUAACUCCCUUUUGUUCAAACCCCGGGAACCUUGACCUAGUCUGAAUUUUAAAACGUCUGAAUCGUUAGAGCUUGAAAAAGAAUGAAUGAAUACAUUUCAAAAUCGUUCUCAGGGCCGAUUUACCGAAUAGGCACGAUAGGCACGUGCCUAGGGCGCGAGGCAAUUGGCUUUUUUGGGGGGCGCCAAAAAAUUUGGAAAAUAAACAAAAAUUGGUGGUUGUUUGCAUGCGAUUGCGGUUAACUUCUGAUA